ACAGAGGGCGUUGAAUUCACCUAACGAUCAGGUGAACGAGAUCAUGAAAUGAAAAUUUUCUUGGGAGAGAUAAAUUAAUAUUGGUUGUGGUCGUUCUUUGUAUUCGCUAUUACGUUACCAAUUUUACUAUUUGUUGUAUUUUAUAUUAAUAUAACUUAAUGAUGGAAGCUCUUAUUCCAGUUAUUAAUAAGCUUCAAGAUGUUUUUAAUACCAUAGGAGCUGAUGCCAUACAGUUACCUCAAAUUGUUGUUGUAGGUUCACAGAGCUCUGGUAAGAGUUCUGUAUUAGAAAGCCUCGUUGGCCGGGACUUUCUUCCUAGAGGAGCUGGGAUAGUUACCAGGCGGCCACUUAUUCUACAACUUGUUCAUGUUCCCCAAAAUGACACAGCAUUCAGAUGUGCAGAAGAAGGUACUCUAGAUCUAGAAGAAUGGGGUAAAUUUCUACAUACGAAAAACAAGAUUUAUUCUGAUUUCAAUGAAGUCAGAAAGGAAAUCGAAGGGGAAACGGAACGGAUGAGUGGUUCUAAUAAGGGCAUUUGUCCAGAUCCUAUCAACUUGAAGAUCUUUUCCUCCAAGGUGGUGAACUUAACCCUGGUAGAUUUACCAGGACUGACCAAGGUACCAGUGGGAGAUCAACCAGAAGACAUAGAAAUACAGAUUAGAGAACUUGUCCUCAAGCACAUUAGUAAUCCCAACUCUAUCAUUCUGGCUGUGUCUGCUGCUAACACCGACUUCGCCACGUCUGAGGCUGUAAAACUGGCUCGAGAAGUGGAUCCUGAUGGACGACGUACCUUAGCAGUCAUUACAAAACUAGAUUUGAUGGAUGCUGGCACUGAUGCUAUUGAUGUUUUGUGUGGUCGAGUGAUUCCAGUUAAACUGGGAAUAGUUGGUGUGGUCAAUAGAUCUCAGCAAGAUAUUCUUAACAAAAAGGUGAGUUGAGCACGUACGCUCUAAGAAAUA